ACCGCCGCGCCGCGAGCAGCAUCAAGGAGCAGCAGCCUUCAUCGGCGCGUGCGGGGGUGGACCUACCUGGACCUACCUGGGCGGCUGGAGGCACAUCGAGAUCGGAAUCGGCAAUCGGCCGUCCCUCUGGAGCGGCGGUCCUGACCAUGGCCGCCAGGUGGAGCGCCACCAAGGCGCUGGCGUCCUUGUGUGUUUUCUGGAUCGCGUCGGUCUCCGCCGUUGAUGCUGCUGGCACCUACACGAUCGUGGCCCCGCGCGUCAUCCGGCCCAACACGGACUUCAGCGUGGCCGUGACCACGCAGGGCACGGGGCAGCCCACCAGCGUCACCCUGGAGGUGUCCGGGCGCCAGGACUCAGGCGGCAGCAUCAGCCAGCGCGUGCUGCAGACCAUCAUGGUGGAGCCCUACUCCACCAGGACGGCGAGGCUCGAGAUCCCCGACCUGGGCUCCGGCCACUACCGCCUCACGGCGCGCGGCCAGGGCGGCGUCAACUUCGAGAACGCCACCGACCUGCAGUACGUGCACAAGAGCUACUCGGUGUUCAUCCAGACGGACAAGGCCAUCUACAAGCCCGGCCACACCGUGCAGUUCCGUGUGCUGGCGCUCAACGCCAACCUCAAGCCCAGCGUCACCCUGCCCCUCGACAUCUUCAUCUCGGACGGCAAGGGCCACCGCGUCAAGGAGUGGAAGCGAGUGCCGCUGACGCGCGGCGUGUUCUCCGGCGAGCUGCCGCUGUCCGAGUCCCCCGUCCUGGGUGACUGGAACAUCACCGCCGCCAUCCAGGACCAGAUGUUCACCGAGAACUUCCAGGUGGCCGAGUACGUCCUCCCCAACUUCGAGGUGACGGCGGACGUGCCCGACUUCACCACCUACAAGGAGGGCAAGAUCGCGGCCAUCAUCCGCGCACGGUACACGUACGGGAAGCCGGUCCGCGGCGAGGCCACGGUCACGGCCUACCCCACCUACAUCUCGGACAUCCUGCAGCCCAUCUUUCAGCCGCCCGUGCGCAAAGUGGUGCCCAUCGACGGCAAGGCGGCCGUCGAGUUCGACCUGGAGAAGGAGCUCAAGCUCCAGGGCGACUUCACUCGCGAUCUGCAGCUCGAUGUGACCGUGGAGGAGGCGCACACGCUGCGCCGCCAGAACAUCACCAAGCACAUCACCGUGCACAAGUACAAGUACACCCUGGAGCUCAUCAGGUCCUCCAAGUACUUCAAGCCCGGCCUCAAGUACUCCGCGUGGGUGAAGGUGGCGCACCACGACGGCACCCCGGUGCAGGACGACAUCAACCCCGUCACCUUCCGCUACGGCUACACGUGGGACACGGACAAGUACACGUCCUUCGAGAGGCCGCUGCCCAGGUCCGGCAUCGUCAAGGUCGACUUCUUCCCGCCGUCCGACGCCGUCACCCUGGGCAUUGAGGCGCGGUACCUGGACCUGACCGAGUGGUUCUCCACCAUCGACGCCGCGCUGUCACCCAGCUCGUCCUUCGUGCAGGCCGUGCUCGUCACGCAGAACCCCAAGGUGAACGAGGACGUGGAGAUCGAGGUGAACAGCACGUCCCCGCUGUCGCACCUGUCGUACCAGGUGAUGGGGCGCGGCGACAUCGUGGUGGCGCACUCCAUCCCGCUGGCCGGCCAGCGCUCCACCACCUUCCGCUUCCUGGCCACGCACCCCAUGGCGCCCAAUGCGCGCGUGCUCAUCCACUCCGUGCUGGAGACGGGCGAGGUGGUGGCCGACGUGCUAGACGUGGAGCUGGAGGGGCUGCUGCAGAACUUCGUGGACCUGUCGCUCAACCCCACCACGACGGAGCCCGGGCGCGACGUGGAGCUCCGGCUGCAGACGCGCCCCAACUCGUACAUCGGCAUCCUGGCGGUGGACCAGAGCGUGCUGGUGUUGCGCGACGGCAACGACAUCACCGAGGCGGACAUCAAGGAGGAGCUGCGGUCCUACAGUCCAGACCCCGCCACGCACGAGGCGUUGCUGGGGGUAGAGCCCGCGUUGCCGCGGGGCCGCGCUCUUCGCCUGCGCCGCCGCGCUCCGGGAUGGCGCCCCGGCUCCGCCACCGCGCAGGAGGUGUUCGAUAACGCGGGAACGGUCAUCCUGACGAACGGUCUUGUCAUGGAGUCCAUGAGAGUCGUUCACGAGGACGACCCCCUCCGCGCCCAGAACCGCGCCCUGCACCGCUCCUUCCCGGUGCCAGGGCUGCCCGUCGUCAAGCCCGACCUGGGCCCCGCCGUGGCCUACCUGCCCGCCACCAGGCCGCCCCUCGCCGGGCCCUACGCGUUCUCGCGAAUCCCGCCUCCCGUCUGGAACCACCCCAAGGUCUUCCUCACCAAGCCCCCGGCACCCACCUGGCUCUUCACCAAUGUCUCGUCCGGGUCUGACGGCCGCGCCACCAUCAAGAGGGCCGUGCCCGACUCCAUCACGUCCUGGGUCGUCACGGCCUUCUCCGUGGACCCGCUAUACGGCCUGGGGCUCACCCCGCAGCCUAGCAAGCUGACCGUCUUCCGGCCCUUCUUCGUGUCCGUGGACCUGCCCUACUCCGUGAUCCGCGGCGAGGUGGUGUCCAUCCCCAUCGUCGUGUUCAACUACAUGGGCCAGGACGUGCGCACGGACGUGACCCUGGAGCACGCCGGCGACUUGGAGUUCGCCGAGGUGUCCAACGAGAUCAACGCCGAGCCCGCGCCGAAGCUGGAGCUGUACCGCCGCAAGAAGGUGACGGUGCGCGCGCAGGACGCCGCCAUGGUGUCCUUCAUGGUGAUCCCCAGGGAGCUGGGCUACGUCACCAUCAAGGUGCAGGCCACGUCGGAGCGCGCCAGCGACAUCAUCGAGCGCAGACUCCUCGUCAAGCCCGAGGGUGAGACGGUGUUCCGCAACAAGGCCAUCCUCGUGGACCUCCGCAACAGCAACUCGUUCAAGACGAACGUCACCCUGCACGUGCCCAAGUACAUCGUGCCCGGCUCGGAGCGCAUAGAGGUGUCCGCCGUCGGCGACAUCCUGGGCCCCAGCAUCCCCAACCUGGACUCCCUCAUCAGGAUGCCCCACGGCUGUGGCGAGCAGAACAUGCUGAACUUCGUGCCCAACGUCGUCAUCCUGGACUACCUCAAGAACUCUCGCCAGCUGAGCCAGGCCGUGGAGAGCCGGGCGCGCGCCUACAUGGAGAAGGGCUACCAGCAGGAGCUCACGUACCGCCACAAGGACGGCUCCUUCAGCGCCUUCGGCGAGACCGACCCCAGCGGCAGCACCUGGCUGACGGCCUUCGUGGCGCGGGCCUUCCGCCAGGGCCAGGCCUACAUCCCGCUGGAGGAGCGCGUCAUCGACGAGGCCCUGCAGUGGCUGGCCGAGCACCAGGCCACCAACGGCAGCUUCCCCGAGGAGGGCAAGGUCAUCCACUCCGACAUGCAGGGCGGCGCCGGCAGGGGGCUCGCCCUCACCGCCUACGUGCUCACCACGUUCCUCUACAACCAGCAAUUCACGUCCAAGUACCGCAACACCAUCAACAAGGCCGUGGACUACCUGGUGAGGAACAUCGGUGGCGUGGAGGACCCGUACGCCAUCGCCGUCACGACGUACGCCCUGCACCUGGCGCUGCACCCCACCAAGGAGGCCGCCUUCAACCUGCUCGAGUCCAAGGCCCAGUCCAACAGCGAGCACAAGUGGUGGAACAAGACGGUGCCCGCCGGGCAGGAGCGCAACCCGUGGUACACGCGGCCCAACUCGCUGGCGGUGGAGAUGACGUCGUACGCGAUGCUGACGUACUUGCAGCGCGGGCUGGUCAACGAGGCCAUCCCCAUCAUGCACUGGCUGGUAGCGCAGAGGAACGCCAACGGCGGCUUCGUCAGCACCCAGGACACGGUGCUGGGCAUGCAGGCGCUGGCCAGCCUCCUGGAACGCAUCUCCGCGCCGCCGGGCAACGUGGUGGUCACCUUCUCGUACCGCGCCGCCGCCGGCCAGACCUCCAGCAUCAGCAUCAACCGCGUCAACUCGAUGAUCCUGCAGAAGCAGGAGGUGCCGCGCGGGGUGCGCGAGGUGGAGAUCAGCGCCACGGGCAGCGGCGUCGCCCUGGUGCAGGUGUCCUACGCCUACAACGUCAACGUCACCGCGGCCUGGCCCCUCUUCACGCUCGACCCGCAGGUGGACAAGAACUCGGACAGCAACCACCUGCAGCUGUCGAUUUGCGCCGGCUUCGUGCCUACGCCCGCGGCCAACGAGAGCAACAUGGCGGUGAUGGAGGUGUCGCUGCCUUCGGGCUUCACCGUGGACCGCGACGCCCUGCCCAGCCUGGAGCAGUCGCAGCACGUCCGCCGCGUGGAGACCAAGGAGCAGGACACCGUCGUGGUGCUCUACUUCGACAAGAUGGUGCGCAAGGAGUACUGCCCGACGGUGUCUGCGUUCCGCACCCACAAAGUGGCUCGGCAGCGGCCCGUGCCCGUCACCGUCUUCGACUACUACGACCAGUCGAGGCGCGCGCGGGCGUUCUACGAGCCGCGGGUGGCCACCCUGUGCGACAUCUGCGAGGGCGAGGACUGCGGCGCGUCGUGCUCCUCGAGGAGGGACCCCCGCACCGGCGAGCGGCUCACGGACGACGGCGGCUCCGAGCCCGGGGCGUCCGCCGUGGCCGCGCCCUCCUUCCUGGGGACCUUGCUGGCCUGCGUGGGGGCCGCCGUCGUCGGACGGGCGCUCGCCGUCUGAGCGACCCGCAGCAGCAGCGGGGACGUCAACUAGACGAUCUCGAACCGUCAGAAAAAAAAUAGGGAAAUGAGUGAAACUCUUCAUAGAGAUCACCCUCCCAGAAAAGGAGCCAAGAUUAAGCGACACUGGCUCCUCCUUGAAAGCACUGUGGUCUUUGCCAAGAGAACUGUGAAAAAAUCGUGCGUCCCUUUUGUCGUCUUAGGGCGCGUGUGUGUGCGUAUGUUGGAAUGCGUGUUUGCGUGAGUGUGUGUAUGCUUGCAUUUUUGUUUGAAUGUGUUAGUGUGUGUGUGUUUUGCCAGCUAGAAAGGGAGGACUUUCGUGUUUAGUUUAGAUUAAGUUAAACGUGUUCUGGUCAUUAACAAUGUUAUACAUCUUGUACAGGUACUGAGAAAAAGACGAGUUAAGUGUAAGGAAGGCGCAAGUGACUAGUGACUCUAUGAUGAGCAAUCGCAUUAUUUUGUUAUUCUUGUCCCAUCACAAUUGACUAACCUCGCAGCAGUCACCGUUGUCAAAAAGCGUACUUAUCCCAACCUGUCUGCCUUUGUUAUAAUUGAACUUGUAAAAUAUCAUUUUUGACUGUUUUGUGAGCUUUCUGCAAUGCGGCUUGAACAUCAAGGAGACUGCCUCUUUUCCCCAGCAGCGUAUUAACCAGUCAUGAACGUAUUAACCAGGCUGUGAUUUCAUUCCCAGUGUAGGCGCAGAUAUAGCCCACACCGUCACACCUCCGUAUUAUUGUGUGAUAAAUGUGAUGCAAUAAGUAUACAUUUUUAAGUUUUUCACAUUAGAGUAUUUAAUUGUUAGAGAGGCGUUCUCUCAGGGAACAGUUCGGGACUGAAGUAAGGGUGCAGGCUUGUCUUGCCUGGCUGUGGACGCCUCGCGGCGCCGUGGCAGGUAGGCAGCCCAACGUACUCCAUUCCAGUGUACCGAGCAUGCCCGGGCAUUUUUCAUGAAGCAAGUGUACCAGCUGUGCUUAGGCGAGUUCUGUCGUUAUUUUACGCCUUUUGGGAAACACCAGCUUGCCGACGUGCAAUCACUGCAUCCAAAAACGAAACAAAAAAAAAAAAACUGUAAACGGCCCGCAUUUUGUUCCCUUUACGAUACGAACUUAACCGUUGAAGUGUAUCGCACUUUCGUGUUAUCCCCAGAGAGGACAGGUCAGCCAGUGGGCGUCUAGCAGGGUAGUUUGGAAAAAUUGUGACUUUUGUGUGACUUUAGUCGGAUUGGCCGUCGUGUUCUCUCCGGGUGUGUUUAUGAGUGUGCUUCCUCCACGAGCGGGGGAAGAAUAUUCUGUAAAUAAAGAGGAUGAAUUUAAUCAGCAA